AAAAUACUGCCACAGUUUGGCCUGCCGGGCUGCUCCUCGUUGUUACACUUUGGCCGGUUUAUUCAAUGGCGACAGGUAUAUUAUACUGUCUAUAACUACGGAGCAUCAUAGCUAACAAGCACGCUAGCGCUGUUAUUUUGCCCUCCGUAACAACCGAAAAGAGCGCCGUUUGCUACUUAUCACUGACCGUCUCAUCUCAGCCCCUGCAGGUGACAAGAUUCUAAAAGAAAGCGAUCUUUGUGAGCUCGUGGAAGCGUUGCCGAGGCAAAGAAUAAGGCGUCCGAUUUCGGCCUAAAAUUGCUCUUGCCGUCUCACGAGAUCGACAGCAUAUGCAGUAUUCAUCGUGACCCACAAGAACAACUUACCAGUAUCUUGAAAUAUUUUUUGAAGCGAGUAGAGCCAAGACCAACAUGGGGAAUGAUUAUUAAUGCUCUCAAAAGUUCCAUGGUAGAUCUUCCACGACUGGCCAAAACAAUUGAAGAUCAUAUUCCUAAUCCAACCGCCACAAGUGUUCAUGCAUCUAAACCACUGUCCGGAAACCUGGAACCAGUAGACCAAUCUUGUGCUGCAACAACUAAAAGUGAGCAAGCUGCAGAUAGUCAGAGACAACCUGGAUCACCUGAACCCAGUUCUAUGACCCCUACGUAUGUAAAGGCCAAGAUCAAGCAGUUUGAAAAGAGGUUUAACAAGUUGAAAAGGAGCAUUAGAGAUAGUCUUAAACAAUCAAAGAUUCCCAUUGAGAGAAUAGCAGAUGUACUGAGUGAUAUGCCAGCUGAUGAUAUCCCUGAUCACAAAUUCUUCCAGGACGCAUGUUUGCAUCUUCUUUACAGAGCGGAUGAUCAGAACGAACUAUUUGGAACCUUAAACCCCCAUGUAAACUACCUCUCAUACCACUUGUUGGACUAUCUGGUCGAUGAAUUUGAUUUGAAGAUCAAAGAUGAGAUGGAGAAAUACAAAGAAGAUCUACAGAAGUUCAGAGAGAAAACACCACUAAAAUUGUACUGUAAAACACAGAAAAAGCGCUACAUCAAGCUUUCAUCUGAAUUCCGAGAAGUGGUUGCAGUUUUCGAGUGGCCCGAUGAUGUGACACUAGAAGUAGUGGAACAGUUUCGACAAGAGUACGCCUGUCACUACAGUCUGCGAGAGUGUGCCAUGAUGGUGGCUGAAAUACGUCCCUGCUCCUUCAUCGUCACCUGGUACGUCCCUGAAUCAGUGGCAGAGAAAUUGAAAACAAGAAUCCCCAAAGAGAUUCUCCAAAAGUGUUCUGCUACCAAACUGGUGGUUGAUGGCUCCUGUGUUUAUGAGGAAGACGAAUAUUAUUCUCAAGAACCUGAGGUAUAUCAUGUUGGUAGUGCAGAAGACGAUGAAGUUGAAGACGAUGCUACACACAGAAGGAGACAGGGUGUUGACUCUGGCUUCACGGUAACCCCACAACAAUCAUCAGGUCCACUAAUGGAGAAAUUACCAGUUACAGUAAUGGCGACAGGCACUUCAGUGGAAACUGUGGCCGCUCAAACCCACAGCAAAUCCACUAAGACAAGCACAAUCAUUCUGAGGUGCAGUGACCUACUUUAUGACAUUGACCAGAGACUAAAGGACAAGGCAUAUUGCAGCGAUCAUGGUUUCCAAAUUGUAUUAAGAUAAAUAUUCUAUCCUAAUUGUGAGGGCACUGCCUGCGCACUUGAUGUGAAAGUGGGCACUCUUUUGGAGAGGAUGUUCGUCCCUACCUUAGACAUCACUGUGUCGGUGGUUGAGUUGAAUGACGGUAAACUUAGCAGAGACUUUUCACUUGAAAAGGAGAUGAAGAAUCUAUUGGUGGUCAGGAAAGAGACCUUGUCUGAGGAACAGCUAACUGCAUCGUUUCCUAACCUGGUGGACCAUAAGCAGCUACGCCAAGUAUCAUCUGAGUUUAUAGGCAUACAGGCAUGCGCAGUAUUUUUGGCGAGCGGGAGCGAGCUAACCUAGUGGUCCAAACGGCGCGAUUUUCUAU